CUCGCGGUUUGAAAUGCUGUCAUCAUCAUCCGUGAUGACAGCAUUUCUUAAGGGCAGCGCAAGCACGAUUGCAUCAAGCCGCAUGCUCACUCCCGUUUGAGUCAUUCGGUAAGAGCAGGACGUGCCUAGCCCUGUGCGUUCCGUUACACAAAAAGGAGAGGUGGGGAGGGAAUAUACCAUCAGGGAAUCCAUCUUUUACAGUAAAAGGAAAUAGCGUAGAGCGCGCUGAAAGACGCUACACACGAGGAUGCGAAGGCGCACAGAGCGGUAACAAGAAGCAGAUAGCGAACUCGAGACAUCUGCAUCCCCAUACAGUAGUUGGAUCGGUGAUGAGUGUGGACAAGGUUAGAUCUGAAGCAAUGCUCCGCAACAGAAACGGCGCGAUGAGCGUCAUGAGCAGCUCUACCGGUCAGUCACCGUGCGUCGUGCAGCCUCCCGGUAGCCGAAGCCGCGGAGACGCGCGCCACCCGCCGCACGCGCCCCAUCAGAGCGGAUCUGUGAAACCACAAAACGAGCCUGCAGAACUGGUGAAACGAGCGCUGGACUUCAAGACGCAGGGCACGCAGUGCUACAAGGAUAAAAAAUACCGCGAGGCCAUCGGGAAGUACCACCGCGCGCUGCUGGAAAUGAAGGGUCUCUGUCGCGUGCUAGGGGAUCCGGACACCAUCAAGUCCCCGUCAACCGUCCUGACGAGCAUCAGUAAAUCCAGCCUGACGGACGAGCAGAAAGGCGCGGUGGAGAACGCGGAGCUGGAGUGUUACAACAGCCUGGCAGCUUGUCUGUUGCAGAUGGAGCUGGUAAAUUAUGAACGAGUAAAAGAAUACUGUCUGAAGGUUUUGAGAAAAGAGGGCGAGAAUUUUAAAGCUCUGUAUCGCUCUGGUGUGGCGUAUUAUCACCUGGGAGACUUCAGCAAAGCCUUGCACUACCUGAAGGAGUCGCACAAACAACAGCCCUCAGACACUAAUGUCAUCCGCUACAUUCAGCUCACGGAAAUGAAGAUUCGCCGAAAUGCCCAGAGAGAGAAAUCUGAAGUUCUGUAAACAACUCCUGCAUUAUUAGCUUUCUGCUACAGACACCCCACACUCCCCUCAUCACACUCUCUGUGGAUGAUGUUUUGCAUUUCAUGGAAGACUUGAUUCCAGUGAGGGUCUGUCUCAGCUGACUUCCUGUCUCUGAAUUAGACUGAAGAGCUGAAUCAGGUGUGCUGUGCCCUUCUGUAGACUGUGGAGACCACAAAUGCCAUUUACUGAACUUUUUGAAGGAUUAAUUAUUAGUGGCAUACAAAGGUUUAGUUAUUAUUGUUUGAUUUUUUUCUUUCUUUCUUUCUAACAAACAAACAAACAGAUAAAACUGGUUUUGGUCUCACAGGGUGAUUGAAGUCUUAAGUUGUGCUCCACAGAACACACUUUGUAGAUCUUUUUGUGGCUGAUGUAACAGUUUCCAUUUGUAAAUGCAGCUUUUUUAGUUUUCAUAUUGUUUUUUGGAUCAUGAUGAUUCUGCUGUCAUGAUUCAGAAAUUCUAAAUCAGAGAUUCUGAUUCAGAACCUAACUGCCAACUAAACAGAUGUCACCAGUUUUUCUGUGAACACAUGAAGCUCCGACAUUUGAAGUGCAAUUAAGUGUCACUACCAGUGAACAUGAUGCCAACACUUAUCAUAUACAGCCUACUCUUCACGUAAAGGAAUAGUUCACCCAAAAAUGAAAAUUCUCUCAUCAUUUACUCACCCUCAUGCCAUCCCAGAUGUGUAUGACUUUAUUUUUUCUG